GGAGGCCACUGUAGGCUUGGCCAUGCAGAGGGUUAGUCUUGCUUUUCGGUUUGUCCCCGGAAUGAGACCCUUAGUCCUCUCCUCAGCCUUCCCCCUGCAGGUUUCCAUAUGCAAUGGACACUGAUCUCAGUUCCCAGGACAGGAAGGACCUGGAUAAGUUUAUCAAAUUUUUUGCUUUAAAGACUGUGCAAGUGAUUGUCCAGGCCCGUCUUGGAGAAAAGAUCUGUACACGAUCAUCAUCCUCACCAACAGGCUCUGAUUGGUUCAACUUGGCAAUUAAAGACAUACCAGAAGUUACUCAUGAAGCAAAAAAAGCCCUGGCAGGGCAGCUACCUGCUGUUGGGAGGUCAAUGUGUGUGGAAAUCUCUCUCAAAACCUCUGAGGGGGAUUCCAUGGAGCUGGAAAUUUGGUGUUUAGAAAUGAAUGAAAAGUGUGAUAAAGAAAUCAAAGUUUCCUACACUGUAUAUAACAGGCUGUCUCUGUUGCUGAAGUCUUUACUUGCCAUAACCAGAGUGACACCUGCCUACAGACUGUCAAGGAAACAGGGUCAUGAAUAUGUGAUAUUGUACAGGAUAUACUUUGGAGAAGUCCAGCUGAGUGGCCUAGGAGAAGGAUUUCAGACAGUUCGUGUUGGAACAGUGGGUACUCCAUUGGGCACCAUCACUUUGUCUUGUGCCUACAGAAUCAACUUGGCCUUCAUUUCUACAAGGCAGUUUGAGAGGACCCCACCUAUCAUGGGGAUUAUCAUUGAUCACUUUGUGGACCGUCCCUAUCCCAGCUCCUCACCCAUGCACCCCUGCAAUUACAGAACAGGUGGCGAGGAAGCCACAGUAGCAUACCCAUCAGUAGAGGACUCUCAAGAAGUCUGCACCACCUCUUUCUCUACUUCUCCUCCAUCUCAGUAUGUUUUUACUAUUACUAAAGCACAUUUUCAGACCUCUUCUCCUUUGGUGGUGGAUACCUUGAAGAGCCCUAUGAUGGGGCUGGCUUUUUCACAUCAACUCUCCAGUUCUCGUCUUUCUUAUCAGCCUGCAGCCCUGGGAGUUGGAUCCACUGACCUGGGCUACCCAGUAGCCUUUGCUGGUGGCUUGAGUGCGGCACAUCCCCACCAGUUGAUUAUUCCAGGAAAGGAGGGUGGAGUGCCCCUGAUUCCCAACCAGCCCGUUCAUGGCACUCAGGCUGAUCAUGAGCGAAUGGUAACAUGCACCACACUGGAUGGGUGCCACUACUCUGCAGUUACUCCAUCUAGUAGUGAGGACACAGAAACAGUAUCUAACAGCAGUGAAGGGAAGAGCGGGUCCCCACAUGAUCUCCUGGAGACCAUCUUUGUCAGGAAGGUGGGAGCCUUCGUCAACAAACCUAUCAACCAGGUGACCAUGGCCAGUCUAGACAUUCCUUUUGCUAUGUUUGCUCCCAAGAAUAUUGAGCUGGAAGAUAAUGACCCCAUGGUAAGAAAUGACCAGCCUUCUCAGUUUCUCAUGGUGAAUCCUCCCGAUUCCCCAGAAUUUGAGUCUCCCCUUCAAGGCAGUCUACAUUCAGUGGGCUCCAGCAGUAGCAGUGGUGGGAACAUCCAUGAUGAUUUUGUUAUGGUUGAUUUUAAACCAGCAUUUUCUAAAGAUGACAUUCUCCCAAUGGACCUGGGGACAUUUUACCGUGAAUUUCAGAAUCCACCUCAACUUAGCAGCCUCUCAAUUGACAUUGGGGCUCAAUCCAUGGCAGAAGAUCUGGACUCACUGCCGGAGAAACUGGCUGUCCAUGAAAAAAAUGUCAAAGAGUUUGAUGCCUUUGUAGAGACUUUACAGUAAAGCUGCCCUCUACCACAACAGCAGUGAACUUCCUCUUGGACACCCUGGAAGAGGGAGCCUAUAAAUUCUGCCUUCUUCAGUGUCUUGUUCCUCUCCCCUACCCAUUCAUUUACUAAGCACUGAUUGUUUUCCUAAAUCAGAUGCAGAUACAGUUCCAAGUGACUUGGCAUUGAAAUGAUCAUAGCUUCUGUUCCUCCCAGUUUGAGGUUCAUGUCUAACACCAAAUAUUAGGAAACAAGAUCAAGUCUUUUUCUCCUUUCAUCUCUCAUCAGGGUUGAGAGAGACUGCAGUGCCUCUUUCGCGAUUAACAUGGGUUCUAGUAUUGGUUUUCACAGAGCCACAUUCAAUGAAGUAAAGCAAAAAAUAACACUGAAUGUAAUAGUCCUGUGAGCCUUGGAAGACACUCUGGUUAUGAGUGCAAAUACCACUUCUGCAGAAUUAAUAUGGCUGCUGUGAGUGCAGCCAAGGCACAGGAGCAAGGAGCCAUUAUGUACUUCUAGUGCCCUAAUCAAGGCAAGCAUACUGUUGCAGAUCAGUGUUUGGAAGCAACAAAGGAGUGGGGCCAUUUUUCCUGCCUGAUGUUCAAAUGGGAAUUAAUCCAUAAAAGCUGAAAGAGGUGCUUUCCACAUCUCACCUACCAACACAAUCAAAAUAAGGCCACAAAUAGAAUCCGAGAUAUAAGGAAGAUUCAGUUCAUAGGCUCUGUUUAGAGUCAACCGUUGUAAAUAUGAAUUAGGAAUCCUAAUUCUCUAGGGUUAUUUAAGUAGGAGGUCUGUCUAAAGUUCCUUCCUUUCCCUACCUUAAAUUUUGCUGCUCUAUCAUAAAAUAAAUGAGAAAUAUUUAUUACUGUAAAAGAAACCUAUAUUUAAAGAAAAAUUGUAUGUGAUGUUUUCACUUUGUUGUAUAGCCAUACAGGUUGUUGUAUCCUUUGUCACUUCAAGAUUGGUGAAAGAAACAACACCGUUCCACAGUAAAAGCACCCACCAUGGGUUAAACCAUCAUUAUUUAUCUUCAGAACAAAUAUGGGUAUUCUGGAAGUGAUCCUUCCAGGGUCUUUGGAUCCAAUGGAAAAUUUCCACCAAUGGCAGACCGGGGUGGGAGGGCUAUUUUUCAACUUCUCCUGCCCAUGGCAGUCCUCCGACUCCCCUCUUAUGCUAUAGACAGUCAUCUCCUAUCCCCCAAGAGCAACAUUUUGGAGGCCACAUUAGAUUGAGGUGAGAGGCAGAGGGACUCUGGUGCUUUUUGUCAUAAGAGAUUUUGCAUGAGAUCCAACUGGUUAUUUCAACUCUAUCAUUUGGGGACCCAUGAGUGACACAAAUAAUAUACAAAUACUGGUGCAGUGGAGUUGCAGGCAGUUUCUAAAAAACUGGUUUCUGACAUGCUUGUAAAAUAAGCUUGCUGUGACCUAUAGUAAGCUAGAAAAGUAUCUUGAUAGAAGCACAUUUUUAUGAGGUCUGUGGCACUCUUUUUUGAUUGGCUGAAAGUUUUAUUUUUAUAAUAGGCUAGCUGUUAAGCAAUGUGAUUGGCUGGCAUUGCUGAAUGUUUGAUCUGCCUGCUCUGUAUCCUUCACCAAACAUAGGGAAGGGAAGAGAUGACACUAAGCAUGUGCUCAGGGAUAAAUUGGACUCUGGGCACAACCCCUUUUCCCUGUCAAAAGCUAUCACACCCUUUCCAUCCCUUCCCUCCUUGUGCCUACUGGCACAGAUGGUCUGUCAAAGAACCACUAUGGCUUCCUGAUAAAAAUAGUAAGAUGUUAAUUUCCCCCACUACAUGAUUCCAUCUGUCAAGAUUAAAAGGGGUUUUUGGUUUGGGUGGGUGGUUUUUUGAGAGAGUGGGACAUUAUCUUCUCAUGUAGCCUCUGGAGCAUUCUGCUCCCUGCUGCUACACAGAAUUGAUGUAAAACUUGAAUUUACUCCUUGCCUUUUAACAUGGUGAUGUUUAGUAUUACCAGUCUCAGACUGAGGGAGGCUUCAGGCUGAUCUAAAUAGAAUCUAGUUGUACUUCAAAGUACAUUCAAAGCAGCUAAUGGUAAUACUCUUACAUGGAACCAAAAGUACCCAUCUUUAAUAUUUCACCAUCACAUCCAUUUUCAGACCUAAGUAGCUGUCAUUACCAAGUGUGAUACCAACACUACCCUAAAGGACUUCUAGGGUUUCUGCCAGAGAGAAAUGCCACAAACCUAAGUUAUGUCUGCAUGCCUUGCUCCCCAAGCACAUGUCAAAUGUUUUAUCAUCCUAGCUAGCCUGGAAUGUGAAUGCAAAAAAACUGCAUCCUCUGAUGCACCAUCAUCUAAGGAUAGCUGCAUAGCAUUAACAGCAGGAGUACCUGUUCAGGUAAAUGACUGCAUGGAAUGUCAUGACAGCUACCUGGUCAGCUAUUUAUUGGCAUAUGUCCUGUGAGGAGCUGCCAAACUAGGUUGGUACAUAUGUUUUGUAUAUCUUCUCACUGGCAUUUCUUUCAACAUCACAGCAUUGCCUCCAUAGUUCUUCCUUACUGUUAUACCAAAAUGCUGUGAUGUGUAAAGGACAUCAGCCAUCACUAGUGCUCACACAGAUGGUAUUCUUGCUGUCCAGGUUGACAACUAGUGAAAUUCUCAGAGCAGAACUACCCCCUAGGUACAACUAGUAGCAUUACAGAUACAAAUUUAACUGUGCACACAGAACAUGUAGAGUAUUGUUUUCUAUAUGGUUUUCUGAAUGCUGGUAUCUUGCAUGUUGUAAGAGUAAUUUACUUUUCUGUUCUGCCUAGUCAAUGCAUUAGUGCAGCCUAGAUCAGGCCUACUGUAGGAGGGAUCCAGCUACUGCAGUCAAAGAUAUUUUACUGACCACCUGCUUGGUACAUAAACCUAUCAAUAUGAGUUUUAUGUAGCUGGUAACUUUAAAAUGCUUUGGUGGAAGGGAAAAGGGUCUUCAUUACAUCUUUGCAAAAUGAUUUCCAGAGUACAUCAACAUGUAUUCAUAUAACUUCCAAUAAAAUUUUAUGUAUGUUA